GAAGGAUAUAAACACUUCCGGCGCCGCUCUCGCGGUCUCUGGCUCGCUUGCUGUUCGCUGCGUGCAGUAGGCCGACUCUUUCCUGCCAAUGUGUCCAAUCACAGUUUACUGACACAGUGGAAGUUGGUCGCUACGUACUCAUACAAACAAAAGAACAACCGGUGUCAGUCAAAGUUGUGUCGUGGAGGUUCAACGACGAAGCCAACAACUUUAGCAAAGUUUCUGUGAGUGACGAAGACUUUUUUCUUCUUUUUUUCUUCUUCCUGGAAUACAAAGAAACGUACCCGCUCACGGUUCCGCUGCGGUUGGAGGUGACCGGAGAGACGGUGUGGGUCAAACGCGUACCGCUGUAGCUUUGUGUCGGGCUCGGUUCUGCGCGUCUGGCGCUGCGCUGUUCCCGACUGACAACCCCGACUACAGCUGCUACUGCUGCUGCGUGUGGUAUUCCUAGUAUGCCACGCAGGCAGAUAACAUCUCCAAAGAAAAGGGAACUUAGAAGUGAACCACACAGUAUGAUUCUUUGACAUUUUACUUCUGAAUUUUCACGUGGAAGUCCAUUUUUUUUAAUUAUUAUAGUUUUUUUACCCAAAAUGAUGAGGAUUAGGAGAUACUUACGGGGGAGCGGGAGGGUUCUCGCCUUCGUGUUUAUCGCCUCUGUCAUUUGGCUGCUGCUGGACAUGGCAGCACUUCGCAUGUCGAUGGACGAUGUGAACAGUCAGCUGCUGAAGGAGCGAGUCAUCAGAGACCGGGAGAUCUCCAAACAGCAGCGGGGGACACAGUUGGUGAAACAGGGCUUUAAAAACCCGGUUCAGAGGGUGGACUUCGCUGUUACACGUGCUGGGAAAGGACCACUCAGUUCAAGCAUCAAACUGGCUCAUGUGUACAGACAUGGAGGCCAGAAAGCUGGUCACCAAGGAGGUCAUCUCCCCAAGGCUGACGAACCCAAACAUGUUGCUUCUGAACAUAAAGAAGGACACUACAAUGUCGCACUGAAGCAGGAUGGUCCUGCCAAGAAGAAAGCAGUCGACUUGGAUCUGAAUGGGAUGAAAUCGGAGACAAGUCGAGGAAUGGAUGUCAUUAUUAAAAGGACGUUACCUGUGGUGGUGUCUAAUACAACUCAAGUGCCGCCUGUUGUGCACAAAAACAAACAUGGAAAGAAGGGACCCAUUCAUUCUGAACCUAAGGUCGAGACUGUGACGGAAGUGAGUGUGCUUAAGCCCGUGGAGGCACACCCUGUUAAGACAACAACUAAAUUAAUACAGAAGGAUGGAAAAGGAAAGGUAGUAGAUGACACUGCAAGUGUCCACAAAGUGAUUUCCUUGGAUUUGACUAACGUUCCCAGAGACGCCAACGCAAUGGGCCAGUUCGGUCAGGCGGCCCUUGUCGCCAGUAACGAAGACGCAGAGGUGAAGAAGAGAUGGAACGAAGGGCACUUCAAUGUCUUCCUGAGCGACAAGAUUCCAGUGGACCGUGCCGUGCCAGACACCAGGCCUGAGAUGUGUGCACAGCAUCUGGUCCACGAUAACUUGCCGUCCACCAGUGUGAUCUUCUGUUUCGUGGAUGAAGUUUGGUCCACGCUCCUCCGCUCUGUGCACAGUGUGCUCAACAGAUCUCCUCCACACCUCCUCACAGAGAUCAUUCUGGUGGAUGAUUUCAGCACCAAAGACUAUCUGAAAGAGCAGCUAGACACAUACAUGUCCCAGUUCCCCAAAGUGCGAAUCAUUCGCCUGAAGGAGCGGCAAGGCCUCAUCAGGGCCAGGCUGACUGGAGCGGCGGUAGCCAAAGGCGAGGUUCUUACCUUCCUCGACUCCCACAUUGAAUGUAACGUGGGCUGGCUGGAGCCGCUGCUGGAGAGAGUCUAUCUGGACCGCAAGAAGGUGCCCUGUCCGGUUAUUGAAGUCAUCAGUGAUAAGGACAUGAGUUAUUUGCUGGUUGACAACUUCCAAAGAGGUGUUUUCAAAUGGCCUUUGGUUUUCGGCUGGAGUGCACUACCAGAGGAGUACAUUAGGAAGAAUAACAUGACCGUCUCCGAUCCCAUCAGAUGUCCAGUUAUGGCUGGAGGCCUUUUCUCCAUCGACAAGAAAUACUUCUUUGAGCUUGGCACUUAUGAUCCGGGCCUGGAUGUGUGGGGUGGGGAGAACAUGGAGAUUUCAUUUAAGAUCUGGAUGUGUGGCGGGGAAAUCGAGAUUAUCCCCUGCUCUCGAGUGGGACACAUCUUUCGAGGACAGAAUCCUUACAAGUUCCCCAAAGACAGGCAGAAAACAGUGGAGCGUAACCUGGCGAGGGUGGCAGAGGUCUGGCUGGAUGAGUACAAGGACCUUUUCUACGGCCAUGGCUACCACCACCUGCGAGAUAGAAAGGCCAUUAACAUCGGCAACCUCACCGAUCAGAUUGAGCUGAGGAAGAAGCUCAAAUGCAAGAGCUUCCAGUGGUACCUGGACAACGUGUAUCCAGAUAUGAAGCCUCCCUUAGUCCAAGCUGAGGGCCUGGUCUUUAAUCGCGGCUUAAGAAAAUGCCUGACUCUGCAGAAAGGCUCUCUGUCGUUUGACACGUGUGACCUCAGCAGCCAGAGUCAGCACUUUAAUUACACCUGGAUGAGACACGUUCGCCAGCAAGAUCUAUGCAUCGCUCCCCACGGCAACGGCAGCGGCUUUGCUUUACAAUUAUGUGACAACGCCGUGCCUGAACAUCGCUGGUUGCACAAAUCAUCCAACUCCGCUCUGGCGGACCACCUCAUAGCAGAGUAUGCGUCCAAGCGCAUGUGCCUGGAGGCGGGGCCUAAAGGGGACACUCUUCACCUGAAUUCGUGUGAAAGCAGAAACGCCUUCCAAAAGUGGGAGUUCACAAAAUACCACACUCAGUGAUGAGACGGACAUGUGCCGAGCACGACGGAGACCGAGAGAGUGGCGUCACGUGACGGGCCCGUCUGUGGUCCAGACCCAACACACGGCUGUCGAGAGGAGGCGGGAAGCGCUUUCGUGGCAGUCACAUGUGUGGAGUAAAGCAAAGGGUGUGGGGGUGUGCAAUGUUUCUAAUUUCCUUUUGAUUAUAUCGCCAUGGACUGACCUUGAGUUUUGAACACUUGUACCAGAGGACAAAGAGCAUCUUCUCUCCGAUGUGGACCAGAGUUUGCUCAAAGGAUUCGGGUGACUGUCAGGAGAAGAAUACUCCAUUUUGAGUGCAAAAUAUCAUCUCACUGCCAAAGAUGAAACAGUGACUCUUAUUUCUGAGAUGAAUAAAGUGAUUUUCUUUUUGUGUUUGCUCUGCUGGGAUUGAAUGAGUUCUCUUGUAAAAAUGUAUUAGUUAGUAAACAUUUCUCUUAUUUCCUGUGAGACAUCUUGCUUAGUAGAUGUCACUUACUUUGAUGUUUGGUGAGGCACAUGGUUGAAACGGCUGCUUCUAUGUUUUUAAGCAUUAUUUAGGUGUUUCUUUUAUUUGUAUUUUUUUACUGUCCCUUUUGUAUGAAUUUCUUCUUGACACUAGAGGGAAGUGUUGUUCAGAACAUGCAAUAAAUCUAUGCUGUGACUUCA